CGCGGAUGGCUCGGAACUUUGCAGUCGAGACUCUUUUGCCGCCGCAAAAAUUACAAAUAGAAUCCGUUCGACUCGGAGCGGUGGUGACAAAUAUCGUGUACAUACAGUUCAGUUUGGCUCGUCCCCUCCACACUACGUGCGCGGUUGCUGCUCUAAAUCCGUGUUCUCUGCUUUUGAUUCUUACUUGUUUCCAUGUAAUUCGCUGAGUUGGCUCGAAUAUCUGCUUAUUUUUCUAAAAAGGCCCUUGAAAUCUGUCUAGCUCCCGUGAUCAGCCGUUUUUCGUGAAGGACACUGGACGGCGGCGUUGUCUGGCCGCCGUGGAACAACAAACCGCCGACUGCUACUUCACACGUUUACCGCGUUUUUCCACGCUGGCUUGUCUCCCGAACGAACGGACCGACCUUCUGCGGGGUCAAACGUGCAUGAAUUCCCGACCGUACCUCUCUUCCGACAUGUAGACUGGACUGCGAUCUAUGUGACCGACUGAAAAAAAGUUCCAGAACGCGUAGGUCCGCGGUUCAAUUUUUGGAUUUCGAGUCAGCGUUCGCCUACCCCUUUCCAGCGACCCAGCACUCCUCGUUGAACUUUCUGGGCUUCGAUUACCCACAACAGUGACGAAAGGCUCGACGACCUCAACCUCCGUUGCUUUUUUUCUCGUAUGGAAACUAAGGUCGUCGCUGGGGAAACCUGUUCGUUGGCCAACUGCACAGAGGCGCGGAAGCCCCUCUGAACAACGGGAGCUCUGAACACGACCGGCCACUGAAAAGAAUUUGGCGCAGAGCCGAAUCUACGAACAAGACGCUUUCGCAAGCGGGGAUAAAGAGUCCCAUUCUUCCUCCUGUUGGCGCCACGGCCCCCCCCUUAACAGCCUGGCCAGGUCCAACGAACGGCGACACUCUUCGCGUAAAGGGAUUGUCCAGCACUUAGCAUCCAGUUGUGUGACACUCUCACUCAUUCUUUCAUAACUGACGCUUCUUCUAAGGUUGCCCUCCUUCCGAGGGCGAAGUCUUGACCCAGAGGAGAAACGAUACGACGCGUGGUGUCUUGGGUCAGACUUGAAAACUAAAACAAAAAUGACGGAUGAAGCGGCCACUCGCACCGGAACACCUGUCAGUACACUGGACGGCGGCAGCAAGUUCCCCAGUGCCGCGUCUCCGCCCCCGUCCUCGUGCGCUUCCGAGCCAGAUUCCGACUCAUUCUCGUUGUCGUCCCACCAUUUAUCGGGAGACCCCGGAGGGUCCGACCUUGCCAAGAAGAAUGUGUCGGAAGAGGAUCACGGGUCGGUCGCCGCCGCAAGUCCCGAGAGUUCUGGUUCUUCAUACUUGCAGGGGUUGUCUGCCGACGCGGUCCUGUUGUCGCAUGUUCCCCUCUCUCCCACGCACGCGCCUUCCAAGGACGAAAGGCUUCUUCUCUCUCCGGCCCCUUCCCUCUCUAUUCCAGAGGCUGGAACAUGUUGUUCGUCUGUUCUCCGGUCCGCAGGUCCACGUGAGCCGAGAACUGUGAAAACGCCUCCUUGUGCUGCAGCAUGUGCGCCUCAAGAGAGCGGCGCCGUCGCGUCCAGGCUGCCGCGCGGGUCUUCUCAACUGCCUGACCAUCACAGGCUCUUCGCUGUUGGUCCCCGCCAUGGCUCUUCGCCGCCGUCCCUCUCUCAGGCGCCUUCUGUGGCAGACGAAGUCGAGCAACUGGACGAAACGUGUGGCGAGCCACUGGAGGAAGCGAAGGAGUCUCCGUCUCCCGAGCCGGCGCCGCCGACGUCGGGGGACGCUCGGGUCUUCGAGACCCCGCACGCGGGCCAAGAGGCCAGCGAAGACGUGGAAGACGAGCCCUCCCUGCUCGCGUCUCCAGGCACUUGUCCCCAGACGACCCGGACGGGGACUCCCCCGCCUGACGAGGAGGAUCUGGGGAGUCACUCGCGCUCGCUGUCUCCGUCAUCGUACAACGCGAAGCUGGAGCGGUGUCCCAAGGUGGUUGGCGUCCGCUUCGAUAAAACCCAGUGUCGGUGGCUCGCUGGCAUCAGCAUCAAUGGCCGGACGAUGAACAAGUACUUUCCGGUCUACAAGUACGGCUUCGAUGGCGCUCGCAGAAUGGCGGUAAACCACCGCCUCGCGUGUUUGCGAAAUCAGGGGAAGGCGGCGGCCGCCGCAGCUGCGGCAGCUGCAGCUGCUGCAACCGCGUCGGGGGACGGGGUCGGCGACGAGGAGGAGGGGCGACCGCGGAGACACUUGGUUGGCGGAGACGGAUCUCCGAGUUUGGAUCGCGCUCGCGAACGCUCAGAGAAGACCAGUCUGUUGUGUGGCAGCUCAGUGACUGGGUCUGGAGGUGGAGAGAGACGCUGGAGGGCAGAGAAACUCGGGGUCGAAGGCGCAGGCCCGGGAACCUGGAACGGGAGAACGCGAGGCGUGUGGCGACGCCGCCCUCUGGAAGACGAAGACUUUGAAGGCUCUCACGGAGUUGAAGAAGAAGACGAAGGAAGCGACGAAUUCGACGGCCGCGGGAGUUCGUACGGCCACUUCUCUCAGGGCUCUGCGUACGGCAGAAGCCGAGGCGGGGAGCGGGGGCGUCUGGGGGCCUGGGGGGUCGGGCGCAGCGGAGCCCGAAAGGGGCGAGAGGAAGAAGACGAAGACGAGGGAUUCGAAGAGAAAGAAGAAGUGCAGGAGAGAAAGCGUGGACCGCUCCGGAAUUCGGAUGCCGGAGACAGAGAAGACCCAGAAGAGGAGGACGAGUACGACGAGGACGAGGCAAGUGGGACGGCGAGAGGGGAAGACGACGGCUAUGGACCUUCGAGGGCGACAAGAGGGGGCUGGGGAACAAGGCGACGAAGUCGCCUGCGGGGGAAGGCUUCGCCUCUGUCUUCUCGUGGCGGGAGGACGGGGAACACGAGCAUCUAUCACACGCGAGGGAGCACGCUGCGAGAAGGUAUCGGAGGAGACGACCGCAACUGGGACGAGGAAGACGAGGGACGCCUGCGCCGAGCACGGAACGAGGGAGACGACGACGGAGAGAAGAAAGACGAUGACGCGCUGACUCUUGACGCCUCGCCACGCAGCGCCGGUCGCGGCUGGGGCUACAGUAGGGGCAGCCGAGGCCGUGGAGGGGGGCGAGGACGAGGCCGAGGCGCCGCGGGGAUGAAGGAGCGCAUCAAAGAGGAAGAAGAAAAAGACGACGGGUACUACGGGGAGAAAGGCAGCGGAACGCGAGCGUGGUCCAGAAGGCAACUCGGAGCGAGUCGAGACGGAGACAGAGAAGAUGGCGGGCUCGAUGAAGAAGAAGAACUCACUGGAGGAAGCACAGAGGAGAAUGCCGCCUUCGCCGACCGCCUACAGCCGUGGCCUCGAGGCUUGUGGUGGUCUCGGGGUAACAACCGGUGGUUUGCCGCCUACUCGCGCGACGGCGUUAAGCGUUACAAGACGUACACGCCGAAUAAGCAUGGAGGGAUGAUGCGGUCCUACCGUCUGGCUUGUGCCUUUUUGGCUGAGGCGCGGCUGCAGGAGGCUCAGGAGGCGGAGCGGCAGGAGGCCCAGCGCAGCCUCAAGGCGUUCUCUUCCUACCGCAGUGUGUCACCUCUAGAGCGAGGCUUCGGGGGCAGAGGGCGAGGUGGAUACACGCGAGUCAGCUGCUUCCGUCCCGGGGGUCGCGGGAGAGGCGGGAGGGGGGGGAAGGUGAGUCGGUGGGAGGAGAGAGAGUGCGACCAGGAGGACGGCGAAGAAGAGUUCAAGGAAGAAGAAGAGGGGCGUCAGGAAGGCCUGCAUCCGGAGUCCGGCGCCGAGGGUGGAACGCUGAGUGGCGAAGAAGAGAGAGACGUAUUGGACGAGGGGCGCGUGCGGAAGCGGAAGCUCGGGCAAGACAGCGACGCGGGAGAGAGUGUGGACCUGUAUCGGGUGAAGGAAGACAUCGACAGAGAAGAGCGAAACGGUUUGGAGCCGAGGGAGAAGAAGAGCAGAACGGACGAGGCAGAGAUUCAAGAUGAGGAUGAAGCUGGAGAACUGAAGAAGGACGAACAAGAGGGGGACGCUCUCGGGACGGGUGAGAGCCAAAAGAUAUGUAAAGCGAUUGCAAUACACAGCGCCGACACGCUGAACCAAGAAACCGACUCCGCCGAGACUCCGACCUCGUGGACCACGGGCUCCAAUCUCCGCCGGCGCCCGGUUCCGACCUCGUCCCCUGGAGACAAGAUGUUCACCAGAGGCAUGCUGUCCGCGGCUCACGCCACCUCGGACCGUCUCUCUUCUCGCUCGCCCCACAACGGGUCCUACCUUCGCCACGCCUCCUCUCCCGGGGCCUCCCACGGCGGGAGUGUGGCGGGGCCUUCGGCUCCAUCACCGCUGCUCCGCAGUCGGCGACCCUGGGGCUCUUCGGGCGCGGCCUCGGCGGGACCUGGAGACAGUUGGGCGCGCGAGGCGGCGCAGCUGCCGCUCUACGCCGGGAUGCAGUACGACGCUGUCUCCAAGUGUUUCCGGGUCAAGCUCCAGAGCCACCGGCGGGCGUUUUCAGUUGUGCGACGCGGGGUGAGAGAGGCGCAUCUUCUCGCGGUGGAAGCUCUGAAGAACGACGGCUCUCUUCAGGAGGAAGAUGAGGAAGACUUCAGGGCGUUCUACAGGGGCCGUCCCCGCCGAAGCGGCGCUCCCGGGCCUGCAGGGCGCCCUGGAGGUCCAGGAGACGCCGAGAGGGGACGACCGCGGUCCGCAGGUCGGAUCCAGGACGAGGGCGAGGAAGGGUAUCGAGAGAUGAGAUCGGGGAGGUGCAGAGAGCGUGAAGAAGAGGGAGCGUUCUCGACUGUUGGGGGCAGGGAAGGCGCGCCUUUUCGUGACUCUCUGUCGGCGUACGGCUCGGCCGGAGCCAGUUUCGGCGGCUCGCAUAGCGUGGUCACGCGAGGGUCGAGCUACUAUGGGAGCGCACAUGUGUCGAGUUCUUUGGGGACCAGCAGCCGCUACGAGAGAGGCGGGGAGACGUUUUCGCGGGGGUACGGAUCUUUGAGUCACGGGGCUGGGGCCGAUUCGUACGGCUCCUUCUCGAAUGGAUUGGCAAGUCGUCGCGUGGAGGGGAGACAUGCUUCCCAGAAAGGCGUCGGGGCCUUUUCCGCUUCGCUUUUCGACGAAGACGACGACGACGCGUUCGCGCCUCUUGGCGGCCUGGCCCUGACGAAGAACGCGAUUUCAAUUUGUCUCACGGACCUCAGAGACGCCUGUCUCGCGCUGUGCUUCUCGACCGUCGCGGAACAAGAGGAAAGACGCCGGAUGGUCCAGCAGCACAUUUUCCACGUACAAGAUGCGGGGCGGAAAGAGAUGAUUUUACCCUACCUCCACCUCUUUGAGUGUCUCCUGCUCCUCAACCAACUCCCGCACGAGAUCGAAGUGCCUGCCCAGCGCAUUCUCUUCAGCGCCCUCGACAUGCAUGCAAGAGCCGCCGUUCACACGUACUUCCCAAACUACUUCCGCAAACUCGCAGAGGGAAGGACAAGAGAAGAAGACAGACCUCGAGGCAGAGUCGCCGGCCGCGGAGUGAGCCUCGGGGUGGCAGGAGAAGCGAAGGCUCUCGCGGACGAACUCAUGCUCGACUCCGAGGACGCUGGGUUUCCGAAGUGACAAAAGUGAUUCACGUGGAAAGGGAGCUUUGAUAGGCUCGAGUUUCUGUUCGACGCGGGCCAGUUGGCUGAGGCGAAUCCCCAAAUUCAGGAAACAAAGCAAUGCAAAGUCGAAUCCAGGAGUCAAAUCGUGAGUAACGCCGGGAGCAAAGCAGCGGCACAUGCAAGAGGAAUUUGACUGCUUGCGUAUCGGCUGGAAUGUCCGCUGGAGCUGAGUGAGGGAACUCGAGGCCAGGAGAGACAACAGGGAGAGGCGACAUACUGUGAGCGGUUUCUUCUGGGACCUCGGUCGAGACGCACAUGCGCAAAGGAAGAGGCGAGGCAUGCAGGGUGGUACGGGGCGCGGGCGGUUUGGUGUGGGUCGAAAGAGAGGGAUGAUUCGAGAGACCUCUCACAGUCGUGAUGAAAUACAUGGUUUUUCAAAGGCCGGCAUUCGAUUGAGGCUUCGCAGAGAAAGAGGCGGUGGAAACAGGAGGAAGAGUUAAAAUCAUGCUGCACCGGGUUCUGUGGCAGGUUCAAAGGCGGCUUUUGCCAGCGUAGAUGAGGACACAAAUUCGGAAGGUGGUGUGACCUUUCUCGGAGGUUCCCGUUUUCCAGAAGUCUUCUUUCUGCGAACACAGAAACAUGAGAAAGAAUGCACAUUUUCUUCCGCUCCAACUGCGACGACGCGGCACCUCUUGUGUGGACGAAAGCCUACCAUUGCAAGCGAGUCCUGCGUGGACAUCGCGUGUAGACGCUCCGCGAAGUCAGGGAGAGAAGUUUUCUUUCGCGGGCAGACCUUUGGAUCUCGCUUCUCUUGUUUGUGAAUGUCUCAGCGCCUCGAUGCUCUGAGGCCGCAAGGAGAAGCGGAAAGAGGGUGUUUCUGUCUUGGGGGCAGCGUUCGUUGUGUCGAUGCUUCUUGGAAAAUGGAGGGAGGGGUAGACCUCAGAUGUGCAGCACUUAUUUCACAUAAGUUACACUCGAAAUGCACACACGGCUACUUGCUUGUCGAGCGGAAAUACAUUUUGUGUUUAACACAUCGCUUUCUGAGGAGUAUAUACUGCGAGCUGGAGCUUGCUUCUUGCAUUCGUGGUCUUCGUCCACUUUGGCGACAUGAUAGGAGAAGCAAAAAAUACACGCAGCUCCGUUGACGUUCGAAUGUGUCAGGAUGUCGGGGACAGUUCGCAAGAAUGAGCUAACAUGUUAUGCCCUGGCUGCAGAGCUCGGGGGGGAGGGGGGGAGUGCGUUACUUGUCACAUCACCUUUCACCGUCGGCAGUCUAUCUUUCGACAACGUUACGCAUUUUUCUCUCUGGCGCCAUGGAACUGGAUCUCCCCUCAGAGGAAUUUCGCGAGAAAAACAAGGGGCUUUGAAUGGUUAGCACGCGGCUUGAGUGUGUGUUGCUAACGCACCCUUCUCACUUUGCAUGUUUGUUUUGACUCCGUGUAAGAACAGUAGUUAAACAUGGACAGGUUCGGAGGUUAACGGUGGAGGGACCUUCUGCGUUUACUUCCUGCGACAAAAGGAAAAUAUCUGCGCCUUUUCGGGCGACUGGUGCCAUCAGAAGUUUUUCUUUUUCCGGUCAUAUGGCGUUCCCAUGUUUCCAUUUUGGCAUUUCACUAGCCAACUGCUGCGCGCUUUGCCGUGUUUUUGAUGGUUUCCUGAACAACACGGCAAACCACGAAGGUUGGGAUCGCGCGGCGGAAUGCCGUCGUUUUUUAACUUUUGGCAACAAGUUUUUUCUUUAGACUCGAGGAGCGACGAAUGCCUGUGUGUGUGUAUGUGAAGCACGAAGCGUGACACUGUAGUGUCCGGUGCCAGUCUCUUUUUCCACUUUUAGUCCUUUUUUUCUCUCGUGUGGUUAGGUCCGAUGACGAAAAGACGCGGCCGCUUUUUUGCGCGUUCGAGUGCGUCCUGUUUGGGUUUGAUGCCCAGGCGAAAAUACGCAGAGGUAGAGGAUUUGUGUGAUUGGGGACAGGCAGAGAGGCGCACAAGGUGGAUGGUUCCUCUGGAGGUGGAAUUGUUUUGAAUCGCAGCGGCGUUUUUGUGACAUUCCAUGUCGCAGCGGAUUUAGACGGCUCUUCGGAGUCUCUGGGGGAGGUGAAAUAUUUUAGCACUCGUUUUCUGAGUCACAAGCUAACGCGUUCAGAUACUUGGGUUUACUGAUUCUCGGGGAGUCCGGGCAGAGCACCGUUGGUGCUAAAAAGGGACACUUAGAUGCUUUUUGUAAACGUGCCGUUUUGCGUGCGUGGCAACGAUGCAAGUUAGCACAGCGGGACCGGAAGUUCGAAGACUUAUUUCUUGAUGUCAUUAUAAAAAGAAGCAAAAUAAAGAGAGACAGUGAGAAUGUGUGUCGCUCCAGUUUUCCUCGUGUUCGUGGGAGUUUUCUUUUUGGCGUUUUUGAGGGCGUCGCUUUCCGUAGAGCGCACACUCCGAUGGACAGCAGCCCCGAGCUUUUUCACGUGAUAGAUCACCAGUUCCAUGCGCAGUAUUCUUGGUUUUGUUCUUUGUUUUCCCAUAAGCAACCUUUCUUUGCCGUAGGCGAAACUGAGCACUGGUAAAUGGUUUUCAUUCUGUGCCGUCACGUCAAACGAGGAAUUUGUAUUGAAGAAAGCAAUGCCUAGCUGGCUGUUAGACCAACAGAACCGGGAACCAAAUAUUCUUCGAACACUCGAACGGUUCUAGAAACCCAAAUCAGCAUGCGAAGGCAAUGCCCAUUUAGGAAUCUGACUGGAAAACGCACAUUUGAUUGCUCCGGACGUGGAAAAUUACGGUUGUUAAAAAACCAGAGUGCGUUAGCAUGCGCAGCUUUGCCGGGGCAAGAUUUCCGGCGAUUCUGUGAAACAAGCUCUUCAACAAACUGAUUUGGGCUGCUUCACACCGCUCAACUGUGCCAAAAAGAGACAAGUUUGCUUCUCGGCACUCUUGUCUCAGGUAACAUGACGGAGGUUCUUACUGACAGUCACCGAGGUGUGCUGUCCUUUGUCUUCUCUUUCGAGGCCAUGUUCGCUACAUGAGCACAUCCUGUCACAAGAAGUCCUCGUGUCUUCCAGAAUACCACCUUUUUUCGGGGAGAAGUUGUCUCUGAGUGUUUAUUAGCGUUCCACGGGGAUUAUAGACUUCGAGUUGAGCUACUGGUUCGAAUCUUGCAAAUCCUUCUUUACCGGAUCUGAGUUCUACUGUGUUAACACGGUUUCAAGAACACCCAGUGUAUCUAGGCGUCUAUUCCGGGCACUCCUCGUGUGUUACCGGUGUGCUCUAAGCUGAGUCCUCUUAUGACUUUGGUUUCUCAAAGAAUUGCAGGUG